ACAAUCCAAAGGGUAUGUUGUGCAGCUGCCCUUUCUAUGAAGGGCUAGAUGGAAUGUUUCCUGAACGGCACCAUCAUCGCCAGACAGCUUUUACAAUUAACAAAGGAUUUGAGAAGAGAAAGCAGAAGAAAGCUAGACAGAUGCAAGAAGAAAAGGGAAAAAUAACUUUUCACAAAUUUCUUCAGGCACAAUCCAAGUCAAGUCAGUUGACUGAGUUGAGCGAUGCGGGCAUUCAAGGCUCUUCAGAGGUGGGAAGUGAAAGUGGUGUUGUAAGAGAAAAAGAAAAGGCGAUGUGUGAGAAAUCCAAAAUAUUACCACAUUCAGAAAACAAUGUUAUGGUUGUUGCAGAGGAAGAGAAGGAAAUCCAGUCUCUUUGGAUAGACAAUGGAGAACACAGUGGUAACACUGCUAUAACUGAGAAACUGGUACAGUUGACUAGUCCUGCUGCUGUAGAUGGGAAUAAUGAAGAAGAGUUGUGCAGUAAUGACCCAGCCUACUGGAAGUACCUAGAUAUAAAGAAAAGAGAUCUUAUUAUAUUGAAGGGUCCACCACAUAAGCCCAAAAACUUUCCUCAUGAUUCUUUUGACAGGAAAUUGCCAAUAACGUUUUUUUCUAAACCUCUGAGUAAUGGCAAAUGUAUUGAAAGAGACUGGAUGGUGUGGAGUAAAGAUGCUGCAGCAAUAUUUUGUUUUCCCUGCAGUCUCUACAGAAGUGAAACUCAAACUAACCAAUUACAUCAUUCAAACUUUGUUGAAGAUGGAACUGUCGAUAGUUGGAAAAAGAUUUACAAGAAAAUCAAGAGUCAUGAAGAAAAUGCUUUACAUUUGAGCAAUUACUUUAAGUGGAAGGAAUUAUUUCAGACCUCACUGAUAAAAGAGGCAUUGAUGCUGCAUUACAGCAUAGUAUUAAACAGGAGGAGGAAAAAUGACGUAAAAUAUUAACUGCCAUUGUUGACAUUCUUUUCCUAGCAAAGAAUAAUCUGCCAUUUCGUGGUAGCCAUUCUACUGUUGAUUAUAAUGACUGUGGGCUUUUCUUGUCAACACUGAAGCUUGUGGGCAGGUACAAUACUGAGGUGAAACAACAUCUAGAGAUGGUAGCUCAAUGCAGAGAGUGUGGUCGAAGAAUGCAGGCUCACUACCUGUCAUGGCAUAGUCAGAAUGAGUUCUUGAAACUGGGUGGGGAGAAAGUUUUAAACUCUAUUCUUGAAAAGGUAAGAAAAGCCCAAUAUUUCAGCAUUGUUGUUGAUGGUACACCUGAUGUUUCACACACAGAGCAGUUACUUUUUACUCUCAGAUAUGUGACGCAAAAAAACGGAAAUUGGGAUGUGCAUGAAAGAUUUGUUAAACUAGUAGAUUUUGAAAAGAAGACUGGCACAGAUAUAGCAGAAUAGAUAAAGAGGUUUUAAAAAGAAAGUGCCUUAGAACUAUCUUGGCACAGAGGGCAGGAAUAUGACAAUGCCUCUAACAUGUCAGGAAAAUUUCAGGGAGUAAAGACAAGAAUUUUGGAAGAAAAUGCCCAAGUCUAUUUUUCUCUAUGCAGCGCUCACACGCUGAACUUCUGUGGCACCCACGCUAUGGAAACCAGUGUAGAAGUAAAACAUAUUUUGGAAAUGUUCAGAAACUCUAUAAAGUAUUU